GUCUUCUUCACUCACUUCUUAUGUAUGUGUCUUUCAUAAUGUCAUUAUCAAACUCAACCCUACGUGGCUUCCCUUUAUUUCAUUUCCUUAAAUUUUAAUUACUCUAAUUUUCAAGAUUUUCCAUUUUUAUAAUUCUUUUUCUCUUCUAGGGUCAUUACCUUCUAAUAAAAGUUGGAACAAAGAUAGAGAUGGCCCACAAGUUUUUUUUUGAGGUGACAGGAUUCAAUAUCCAUGUCCUUUUUCUGAGGUUCUUGUCCCAGUGAGUAUUCCAUCAAUUUUUGAAGAAAAAGAUUGAAACUUUUUUGUUUUUUGAAUGCAUAAAGAAGAGAAAAAUAGUGGAAUGGAGACAUUAAAUAAUAGUAAUAAUCAAAGGUCACUUGAGAGAGUGGUUUCACAGAAAGCACUGCAAAUGAGUACUUCAUUUUCAUGUCAAAUUUGUGUUGUUGGAUUUCUUUGUGGACUCUGUUUUGCUUCUUUGAUUUUGGUUACUCUUUCUUCAUUUGGUACCUUUCUGUUUCCUCACUAUUCAUUCUCAACAACCAUGCCAAUGCUUAAUUUAUCAUGGAACUCAGAUCUCAAUACCACCAUCACACACUGCUCCUUUAAGCCACAAGAAACAGUGAGAUUAACAGAUUUGAGGAGCAGAUUUGAAGAGCAAGAUGAAAGAGUAUCUCUGCUUAAUUCAGCUUGGAGCUGUGUGUUAACUAAACCUACUAAAACUGAGAGAAGUGAGUGCUUGUUGAAACUUGGAAUUAGUGAGUCCAAUUUGCCUAAUCCUCCACAUUUGGAAAAUUGCAAGGUGAAACCGCAGCUACAUAAGCGUCUCGAUACGCGUAUAGGAAAUGAUAAAUUUCCACCAUGGACAACUUGGAAAGGAUCGUUGGACAUGCACCCUCAAAUACAUCAAACUGUAUCUGAGGGUGCUUAUCCACCUUGGAUUGCAGGAUCUGAUGAAGAAAACUAUCCUCUAACUAGAAAAGUUCAACGUGACAUAUGGAUCCAUCAGCAUCCAUCAAACUGUAGCAACCAAGAUGUCAAGUUCCUUUUAGCUGAUUGGGAAAGAUUACCUGGAUUUGGCAUUGGAGCUCAAAUUGCUGGAAUGUCUGGACUUCUUGCUAUUGCAAUGAACGAAGGAAGAGUCCUUGUCACUAAUUUCUACAAUAGGGCUGACCAUGAUGGUUGCAAGGGGUCUUCCCGGUCUAGCUGGAAUUGCUACUUCUUUCCAGAAACUUCCCUUCAAUGCCUUGGACGUGCAUUGGAACUUAUGAAAAGUGAGGAUGCAUUGAGUAAGGGAAUUUUGACCACAAAAGAAAAUUAUACAUCAAAGCAUAUAUGGACAGGACCAACUCCUAGGAUAUGGGGUGAUCCGUGGAAUUAUUUGCAACCGACAACCGAUAUAAAUGGUAGUUUGGUGGCUUCUCAUAGAAAAAUGGAUAGACGGUGGUGGAGAGCGCAGGCUGUACGCUACUUAAUGAGGUUUCCAACUGAGUAUACAUGCAAUUUACUGAAUGAGGCACGCCAUGCUGCCUUUGGAAAAAUAGCUGCAAAAAUGGUGCUAGAAAGUCUUGCUGAAGAAUGGCCAAAGGAGAAUGGUGAAAGGCCAAAGUCUGCUGACAUUGACAAAUACGUGUGGUCCAAUCACAGGCCAUGGGUCCCAAGGCCUCUUCUAAGCAUGCAUGUAAGGAUGGGAGAUAAAGCAUGUGAAAUGAGAGUGGUUGAAUUUGAAGCGUACAUGCAGCUUGCUGAUAGGAUUAGGAGUCAUUUCCCAAAUCUCAAUAGCAUUUGGCUAUCUACAGAGAUGCAGGAAGUGAUUGACAAAACCAAAGAGUAUAGUUCUAGGUGGAACUUUUACUAUACAAAGGUAAGAAGGCAAGAUAGGAGUAAUGUGUCAAUGGCUGAGUAUGAAGGCAGCCUAGGAAGGGAGAGAAGCACUAAUUAUCCACUUGUUAAUUUCCUGAUGGCUGCUGACUCUGAUUUUUUCGUUGGAGCAUUGGGUUCUACUUGGUGCUUCCUUAUAGAUGGAAUGAGAAAUACUGGAGGAAAGGUCAUGUCUGGCUACUUGAGUGUCAACAAGGACAGAUUUUGGUAGGGAUUACAUUAUAUAUGUAAUGUAAAUUAGGUAAUUAGGUUAUUUGUGAGCAACUUUUUUGACUAUUUGAUAAUAUAACAGAAUAGAUUUUUGUAAUCUUCUGUAAAAUAAUGUAAAUUCUUAUCUAUUAAUUUAUCAAUGUACAA